AUGGCUUUCCCCCCUGGCAGAUGGCCGGCGAUCACUACUGCGAUCUCGCUGGCAUGGGCAUGGGUGGCGGCGAGCGGCCGCGGGGUCGACGGGGGCGACAUGCUGAUGAUGGACAGGUUCCUCCGGUGGCAGGCCACGCACAACCGAUCGUACCCGAGCGCGGGGGAGAGGCUGCGGCGCUUCCAGGUGUACCACGACAACGUGGAUUACGUCGACGCCACCAACCGCCGCGGCAACCUCACCUACCGGCUCGGCGAGAACCAGUUCGCCGACCUCACCCGGAAGGAGUUCCUCGCCAAGUUCAUGUCUUACGACGGCAACGAUCGCACCGAGGAUGAUAAUACGGUCAUCACGACGGCCCAGGGCGCCGACGCCAACAUGUGGUCGUCUGGCGGCGUCAAUGUCUCCUUGGAUCCGGCCAGCGUGGACUGGAGGGCCAAAGGAGCCGUGGUGCCGCCCAAGACGCAAACCUCAUCGUGUUUCAGCAGCUGGGCGUUCACGGCGGUGGCGACGAUCGAGAGCCUCCACUCGAUCAAGACGGGGAAGCUGGUGCCCCUCUCGGAGCAGCAGCUGCCCGUGGCCGCGGCCAUCGAGCUCGGCAGCGACAUACAGUUCUAUAAGAGCGGCGUCUACUCGGGCCCCUGCGGGACGCGUCUCCAGCAUGUCGUCACCGUCGUCGGCUACGACGCCGAUGAGUCCACAGGUGAGAAGUUCUGGAUCGUCAAGAACUCGUCGGGCCAGACGUGGGGCGAGCGCGGCUACACCCGUAGGGAAAAACCACUCUCCAUGCAGCGCAGAAUCCUGGGCCCGGGGCUCUGUGGCAUCAUGCUCGAUGUCGCCUACCCGACCAUGUCAAUGUGA